AUGGAGGAUUUCGACGAUGAGGAAGAAUACGUGCCUGAUGAACCUGUCAUCAUCCCCAACCUUCGAUCGAGAAGCCGGUUCUUAAAAACCUCACCAAAGAAAGAUAAGAUUAGGAAAGGUGCACAUUGCGAGCCCGACCCUUAUCACAACAUAUGCAAUGGCCUUUCGGUGAACAACGGGACCGGCAUCUUGUAUUGCUGCAAGACGCAUUGUCGUAACGUGCUCCGUGAUUGGAACAACUGCGGUGAAUGUGGCCACCGGUGCAAGUUCGGGGAACGUUGCUGCGGUGGGGUUUGUACGGAUGUUGUUUACAAUGUUAACCAUUGUGGCGAGUGUGACAAGCAGUGUUCGCAUGGAGUUAAGUGUGAAUUUGGGUAUUGCGGUUAUGCUUAG